AAAGAUACGACGCUAUGCGUGUUCCACUAAUACUAUUGUUUUUGAUAUACGCUGUUUUGAAUUUUUGCAAUGGCCUUGAAACAUAUGAAAUUUGCUAUAUGAAGAUUGAUCCCGGAAAGAAAACAGAGAAGAAUAAGUCUGAAUACGUUACAAAGUACGCCUAUGACUUGAACAAAAGGAAAUGCGUUAAAUUUCCGUACUCGGGCUAUGGAGGGAACGUAAACAGAUUUGAUUCUUUAAAUGAAUGCGUAAAAGCGUGUGAUCCUGCAAAAUUAUCACUGGAAAAUUACUACAAAGCUGCUAGAAGUGUACUAAAACAACGAAAACAUGAAGAAGAUUAAAAUUUGAAAC